UUCCGGCCCAUCCGUGCGGCCUUGCACUUCCUUCAUCUCUCUCUCUCUCCCCCUCUCUCUCUUCUUCCGCCGCCGCCGCCGCCGCUGCUCUCUCGCUUCGUUUGUCUCCACCGGCGCCGACGCCAGCUGCGUGCUGAAGUAAGCGGAUGGACCUCACUCGCCGGCGCCGCCGGAGGCAACCUGCCCCGGGCGCUCCCCUGCCAUCAGAUGCAAUCAACGACAGUGGUGCUAAUCCGGAGUAUAAUCUUGACGAACCCACCAUGGAGGAAAAGCUGGCCACCCUGAAUCUGCUCAACGGAGGAGGCGACGGGACAGCAGGUGAAGCUACCCAGGAGCAGCCACUCCCCGUGGUGAUGCCGCCGAGCGCGGACUCGGUUCACGUCUUGCUCAAGCAGGCUCUGCGGGCUGAUGACCACGCAUCCUUGCUCAAUUGCUUGUACAAUAAAGACCACAAGGUCAUUGUUAAUUCAAUAUCACUUCUUACACCAGCAGACGCUGUGAAGCUUCUCAAGUUCUUCAUAUUGCUUAUGCAAUCGAGGGGUGCAGUGCUGGUUUCCUUGCUCCCAUGGCUGCAAAGUUUGCUCAGUCAACACAUGAGUAGCAUAGUUUCUCAGGAGUCUUCUCUGCUUCUGCUCAACUCACUCUAUCAUCUAAUUGAUGCAAGAACAUCGACCUUCAAAUCAUCGCUGCAGUUGUCUACCUGUCUAGAUUAUCUUUUCAGUGAGAUUGACGAUGAUGGAUCCGGAGAGGAAGAAGGAUCCCCGCCGAUAAUUUAUGAGGACAAGGAUACUGAUGAUGAAGAGUCUGAAGUUGAUGAUAUGGAAACCAGUGGGGAGGGUGAAGAUCUGGGGGGUGUUACUGAUGCUUCUGAGCAUUCAGAUGGAAGUGAGGUCAUGAGCGACUGAUGAAUCGAUACCUGAUGAGCUCUUGAUCUUCGUGAUGAGAGUUGGAGUUGUGAGUUAACCUCAUGAUGGGCAGAAGAAGUCGAUAGGAUAGUUUCUGAACACUUUUCACAUUGAUUUUUUCUGAUGAGUUGCGAGUUGCCUUCAAUUCUUUGUGAGCAUGUUGUUGGAAUUAAUGGGUAACUCAGUCUUGCCUGCACUUGUGAAACACAUAUACUCUUUACCAUGAAAAUACCCUUUUAGAUACAUACAUC